AUGAGGCUGAGGACACGGCUAGGUAGCCUGAGGCGAUAUCCUUUUCUGGAUAACCCGAGGGACCGGGAUGACUCGGAUGAGCAGCGCUGGGAUUCCGCUACCGCCCCUGGUUUCCAGUACAACUCCAGUAAGAAAGGGGGCAUGAGUCCGAGAGUGUGA